AUGUCUCUCGACGCAAAUUAUAGAAUUCCUCAGACUCAGCAAGCAGCUGUUAGAGAAGGCUCAGGUUCUGACUCGAAGGUUUCCGUAAAAACUAUCCCCGUCCCUCAGCCGGCCUCACACCAGAUCCUCGUCAAGAUCAGCUGGAGUGGUCUUUGCGCGUCGGACAAAUGCUUACUCCGCGACGAAUGGACCGCUUACAAAGGGAUGCUACCUCCCAUGGCCCCCUCAUCACUCGGAAUCGCGGGGCAUGAAGGAGCUGGAGUAGUCGUAGCUGUCGGCGAUGACGUUUCUGCCCUUUGGAAAGUUGGCGAUCGGGCUGGGGUGAAGUGGGUUGAGUCAACCUGCGGCGUUUGCGAGAUGUGCUCCAACGGCUUUGAUGAAGUUCAUUGCCCACAAGUCGUCCAUCAUGCCGUCGAGGUUGCAGGCACCUUUCAGGAAUACUGCGUCACCGAUGGGAGAUACGCUACCAAAAUACCUGAUGGAGUCAAGGAUGAGGAGGCUGGUCCUAUUAUGUGUGGUGGGUUCUCAGCAUAUGCGGCUUGCAAGCGAACGGUUGUCAAGCCUGGAGAAUGGCUUGUCAUCCUUGGAGCGGGUGGAGGUGUCGGGCAUUUUGCGUUGCAGUAUGCAAAGGCUAUGGGGAUGAGAGUCAUUGCUGUUGAUAUGGGGAAGGAAAAAGAGGAAAUUUGCCGCAGAUUGGGAGCUGACACGUUUAUUGAUUCUUCCAAAGAUAUCGUGGCCGAGGUGAUGAGAAUCACUACCUACGGUGCUCACGGGGUUCUGCUUGCCACCCCAUCGAAAGGGGCAUAUGAUAUAGCGCCACACACUCUAAGAAUCCGCGGAACAAUGGUGGCGCUUGGCAUUCCAGACUAUCCUGCUGUCAUGGCCGGAUCAUCAGCUGCUCUUAUCAUUGGAAAAAAGCUGAGCAUUGUUGGAAGUCUUGUUGGGACCAGAAGGGAAGCCGACGAGGCACUCGACUUUGCAGCGAGGGGAUUGAUUCAUCCUGUUUUGACUAAAGGGACGUUGCAUGACAUUGAAAACUUCUGUGACAUGCUCCAGGAGGGUUGUAUCGCCGGAAGGGUUGUGAUUAAGGUUUCGUCUUGA